AACAAUUUGACCAUUGAUUGCCUUUUCUCACAGAAUAUGUUACAGAAUUUAACCCCAACGGCCAUUUUUGGCGGAUGAGACAAAUAUAAAAAAAUAACAGCCAACCAAAUUUCAAAUUCUAACGACCUCUUAAUCUCUAUUAACCUCCACAACAAAAAUGGUGGUCUCUGCCAUUCCUCCCUCCACUCUCCAUAUCCUUCCCUCCUCAGAUCCUCCAUACAAGCUCCUUGAGACGCACUCAUCUCUGACACUUCUCUCCCGUUGCAAAACCAUCCAACAUCUCAAGCAAAUCCACUCCCAGAUUAUCAAAACCGGCCUCCACAACACCCAGUUCACCAUGACCAAGCUCAUCCAUGUUUGUGCCAUUUCUCCCUUCGGAGAUAUUUCUUAUGCAAUUUCACUUUUUGAAUCCAUUGAUAACCCCAAUUUGAUACUCUGGAACACCAUGAUUCGAGGCCACUCACUUAGCUCGUUCCCUGUUCGAGCUGUGGGGUUUUAUGUUCGAAUGAUUCUGUCCGGUGUUGAGCCAAAUUCGUAUACUUUCCCUUUCCUUUUGAAAUCUUGUGCUAAAUUUGGGGCUACCCAUGAAGGGAAACAGAUUCAUGCACAUGUCUUGAAGCUUGGGCUUGACACUGUUGUCUUUGUGCACACUUCUUUAAUCAAUAUGUAUGCGCAGAUUGGUGACUUGAGUGAUGCAAGAAAAGUGUUUGAUAAAAGCCCCAUGAGAGAUGCUGUUUCCUUUACAGCUUUGGUGACUGGUUAUACUGCAAGGGGUUUUGUAGAUGAGGCUCGUCAACUGUUUGAUGAAAUACCUGUUAGAGAUGUCGUUUCAUGGAAUGCCAUGAUUGCAGGGUACACUCAAAGUGGUCGAUUCUCAGAAGCAUUAGCUUUCUUUGACGAGAUGCGUGCAGCAAAUGUAGCACCUAAUGAGAGUACAUUGCUUACUGUCCUUUCAGCUUGUGCUCAUACGGGUUCCCUUGAACUGGGCAAUUGGGUUCAUUCCUGGUUAGAGAACCAUGGACUUAGUUCAAGCCUUAGGCUGGCUAAUGCGCUUAUUGAUAUGUAUGCAAAGUGCGGAGUUUUGGACAAAGCUCGCGGUUUGUUUGAGGAUUUACAUGAGAAGAAUGUGGUCUCAUGGAAUGUUAUGAUCGGUGGUUACACCCACAUGAGCCAAUACAAAGAAGCAUUGGUGCUAUUUGGGCUAAUGCUGCAAUCCAAUAUAGAGCCUAAUGAUGUGACUCUGUUGAGUAUUCUUCCAGCUUGUUCUCACUUGGGUGCUCUUGAUCUUGGAAAAUGGGUUCACGCUUAUAUCAAUAGGAAAUUUAAGCAUAUAACUACCUCGAAUCUUCAGACUAGUCUCCUUGACAUGUAUGCCAAAUGUGGAGAUAUAAAGGCAGCCGAACAAAUAUUCAAUGCCAUGAAGCAACGGAGCUUGGGUACUUGGAAUGCCAUGAUAUCUGGAUUGGCCAAUCACGGGCAUGCAGACAAGGCCCUUGAGCUUUUCUCUCUGAUGACCAAUGGAGGAAUUAAACCAGAUGAUAUAACAUUUGUUGGUGUGUUAUCUGCUUGUAGCCAUGCUGGUUUGGUGGAUCUUGGACGCAACUAUUUCAAUUCAAUGAUCCAUGACUACAAGUUUUCACCAAAUUUAUACCACUAUGGAUGCAUGGUGGACCUUCUAGGCCAAGCUGGGUUGUUUGAGGAAGCAGAGAUCCUGAUAAAGAACAUGGAAAUGAAACCAGAUGGUGCCAUCUGGGGUUCUCUACUUGCCGCCUGUAGAGUUCAUGGACAUGUCGAGUUGGGUGAAUAUGUAGCUGAGCGUCUCUUUGAAUUGGAACCUGAAAACCCAGGUGCCUAUGUUCUUCUGUCAAAUAUCUAUGCAGGAGUGGGAAGAUGGGAUGAUGUAGCUAGAAUAAGAACAAUCCUAAAUGAUAAGGGAAUGAAGAAAGUUCCUGGUUGCAGUUCUAUAGAGGUUGAUAGUGUUGUUCAUGAAUUCCUUGUUGGAGAUAGAGUACAUCCCAAAUGCCGAGAGAUCUACAAAAUGUUGGAUGAAAUAGAUGGGCUUUUGGAGAAGGCUGGGUUUGUGCCUGAUACAUCUGAGGUUCUCUAUGAUAUGGAUGAAGAGUGGAAAGAAGGUGCAUUAAGCCAUCACAGUGAAAAGUUGGCAAUUGCUUUUGGUCUGAUCAGCACAAAGCCAGGUACAACAAUUAGAAUUGUCAAGAAUCUUAGAGUGUGUGGAAACUGUCAUUCAGCGACAAAACUGAUAUCCAAGAUCUUCAACAGAGAGAUCAUUGCAAGGGAUAGGAAUCGUUUCCACCAUUUCAAGGAUGGAUCUUGCUCAUGUAAUGACUACUGGUGAAACGUCAUUCAUUUGAAAACAGAAAUCGAC